GGUGGCCGGUGGCCGGCUAGGCGCAGCCCGGAGUAUUAUGAGGUGUUGGUGAGGAGUGACCGUCUCCGACAGAGGCAGCGGCUUGGUGGGGCUAGGUAUUCGAUGCUGUAUCCAGCCGAGGGGAGCGAGACUCUCUCUCUAGGAAAUGAUUUUGGAUGGUUGCAUUACACAUGGGUUGAUGUUGGCACUCCAAAUGUUUCAUUUUUAGUGGCAUUGGAUGCUGGGAGUGAUUUGUUCUGGGUUCCUUGUGAUUGCAUACAAUGUGCUCCCCUAUCUGGCUAUCAUGGUAGUUUGGAUAAAGAGCUUGGUAUGUAUAAUCCAGACGAAUCAAAAACGAGCAAACAUCUUUCAUGUAGUCACGAGCUAUGUGCAUUGGGCGGUAGUUGCAGAAGCUCGAAGCAACCGUGUCCUUAUACUGUUAACUACUAUUCAGAAAAUACGUCUACAUCUGGCUUACUAGUAGAGGAUACCAUGUAUUUGACAAAUUCUAUUGGUCAUGUAUCAAUACAAGCGCCUGUGAUUUUUGGGUGUGGAAGAAAGCAAAGUGGUGGUUAUUUAGCUGGUAUUGCUCCUGAUGGUCUUCUUGGAUUGGGAUUUGGUGAAAUUUCUGUUCCUAGCCUCUUGGCUAAGGCUGGAUUUGUGCGAAAUUCAUUUUCCAUGUGCUUUAAAGGUGAUGAUUCUGGUAGAAUAUUUUUUGGCGAUCAAGGGGUCUCCACUCAACAUACCACUUCAUUUGUCGCAUUGGAUGGAAAAUAUAUUACCUAUAUUAUCGAAGUGGAAAAAUUCUGUGUUGGAGCUUGGUGUUUUGGGAAAACUAACUUGCAAGCACUAGUUGACAGCGGUUCUUCUUUCACAUUUCUACCUGAAGAAGUAUACAAGAAAGUUACUCUGGAGUUUGACAGGCAAAUUAAUGCUUCAAGGUUAGAUUUUGAUGAUUCACCCUGGGAAUACUGCUACACUGCCAAUGCACUUGAGGUGCCUCAGAUUCCAGCUAUCUCAUUAACUCUUUCGGUGAAUAAGAGUUUCGAAGUUAUCAAUCCUAUCUUCUCAAUUUAUGACAAAGAUGGGCAUGAUUUGGCUGGAUUUUGUAUCGCUCUGCAAUCUACAGCAGAAAGUAUAGGAACAAUUGGCCAAAAUUUUAUGACAGGAUAUCAUAUGGUCUUUGACAGAGAAAAUUUAAAGCUAGGAUGGUCACGUUCAGAUUGUCAUAAUCUUGACAGCAGCGCAAGGGUUCCUCUUACUUCACCACCACCGCACAGCAGGACAAAUACUCCACUGCCGACGAACCAGCAGCAAAGCUCCCCUAAUGGCCGAGAGGUGACGCCGGCGAUCGCCGGAAGGGCUCCGACCGCCCCAUCUGCCGCUCCACCACUGGGAUGCCUCUGGUUUUGUUUCUUUUUCUUGUUACCGUCUCAGUUGUUUUUAUGUCUAGUUGUGUGAAUGUUAUAACAUUAAUAUAUAUAUAUAUAUAUAUA